AUGUCUCUUGAUAGAAGAGAAAAUCCAGGGCUUUCAAAAGAUGAGUUUCGUAAUCUCUACCGUAAUAUUAUGGGUGACACAAAGACGCAAGUUAAUAUCAGACAAGCGUAUACGAUUUUGAAUUGUACCGGAAAGCAUGUGACUUCUGCCCAUUUGAUUGAACAAUGGAGAUAUCUCGAUGAGAAAAUAUCAGUUAGUCGGUUGAAUGAUAUUUACGAGAAGGCAGAUGAACUGGAAGUUGACAGUACUGGAUACGCGAAAGCAGCCAAGACAAAGACACUCAAACCAGAGGAAAUUCUGAAUGCUGUGAAAGAAGGCUCACUCAUUGACAAACAAUAUCUUGAAAUAGUUCUGAAAGAUUUCACAAACGACAACGGAUGUGUUGAUAUUGGAGCACUUCUCGACGUGGCGGCUCAAUCGAAAGUGGAAAUUGUGAAUAAAAUAUUAGGACCAAAAGUAGAAGAAGAUGAGUCAUUUGAGCUAAAAGUUCGUGGAUGCAUGACUGUUUACCCGAAAGUUCAAUGCAUCUCUUAUACAAUUGAUGUGGAUCAACCAACUUUUUGCGAGCUCAUUCUUCGUUUAGCGGAUAAUAGCGACGUUCCAACAGAUCGAUUUAACAAUGACCUAUUUCUAGUUGUAUAUAACAGAGAUCACAAAUUAAUUGGUUUGACACGUCAUGUGCUGGAAAGUAGGAAGUACAGUACUGGAAUGAUUACGAUAAACCGAGGAGAUGAAGUGAUGAUUGUUGGAAUGGGAACUACGAUGAAUAGGAAGAGUUCAACGACUGAAAGAGCCACUCUCAUUGAGGAGAAUAACAAAUUGAGUAAAAGAUUCAAAUACACUCUCAUGAAUAUAUUCGACUCGUUUGACGUGGAUCUGGAUGGUCUUUUGAACAAACAAGAGAUGAAUUUUUAUACAGUUGCAAGUGGAGACUCAGAAUUGACAGAUCAAGAUUGGGCAGUUUAUCUGAAUAGUUUCGAAAAUCGAGAUGGAUGUCUAACAAUGGGAGGAUUCAUUAAAAUACAUGAGGUUGAAGCGACCGAUCCAGAAGGAAACGCCACUGCUGAUUUAUGGCAUUCAUUGCAUUGCCUUGGAUAUGAUACUCAAUUAUCAUCGAUUUAUGGAUGCUCUUAUGACAUCGAAGCACAUACAAGUAGGCCAAUUGGAAUGCUUCCAAGAUUACAAUACGUUGUCAAAGAGCAUAGAUCUUUCAUCCCACGAACCAGUUUAUGGAUUGUACUCGAUUGGCAAGUUCUUACGACGAACCAUACCAUCUCCCUGGAACCAUUCACGACGGAAUUGCUUGGCAGCUCCAUCUGGAGUGUUGGUCCAUUCAAUAGUGAUACGGUCGUUGUUGUUACCUCUUGUCCGAAAGCGAAAGCAUCGCAUGAAACGGCAAGAAGAACAGCCUCCUUUGGGUCGAGAACUCCACAUGGUGGAUCGACUCCGAGACGUUUCAUGUUGGUUGUCUUGAUACCGUAUCCAAUACGACGAGCCGAUGAGUUGAUCACCUUGAUGUGCAUUCUCGAGAAUCUCUACCGCCUUGGAGAAGAAGACGAUCGAUUCGAAAUCCGUCCUCAUCUCUUCAAAACUGAAUAUUUUGGACUUCUGAUUGCCAGAAAAGAAGAUCAUUUCUCUAAACAAACGUAUCGGAUCCUCCUCAGUUCUCGACAACAUCUGAAAAUAAACUUCCCUCAUCAAGUGGAUCAUUUAAUAAGACUUGCUGAUUCAGAUAGUGAAUGGGUUCUGAUUGCUUCAUAUACUGUUACUGAUCCAGAUGCUCAGCUGGAGUAUACUUUGGAGAAAGUCGAAAGUGCUUCUAGUUCAAAGUCACCGUCAUUGGCCAGGGCAUAG